AUGGCAGCUCUCAUGAGCACUCAGAACGGCCAUGCAUCGGAGUCGGCGGUCAAGCCGAACAGAAGAAAUGAAAUGAGCCAGGCUCGGAAGAGCAAGGGUACAAUACGAUGGAUGACAGGGCUGGUCCUACGGCUGUGUAUUUGGUAUACGAUUCUCACGCCUUUCUUACGCUGUCCCUCCCACAUUGCGGACUUGAAUGAUCAAUCUCCCAGUGUGUGCAAACCAUACCUCAUUGCUCGGUCGCAUGUGGAGCCCUACAUCACUCCCUAUUACGAUACCUAUGCUGCACCCUACGUUGAACAUGCCCGUCCCUACGUGGAAGUGGUCAACCAGAAAGUUUACAUCCCAGCCUCGAAAAUCGCCAAGUCUGGAUACGAGAAAUACGGUGCGCCUGCGAUGGAAAAAGCUCAGGCGUACGGCGCCGCGCAAUGGAAGGUUCAUGUGACUCCGCGCCUUGAGGCGGUCCAAGACCAAGCGCAUCAGCUUUACUUGGCCCAAUGUGAUCCUUAUGUGCAGCGAGGGAAGGCUGUGGUGUCUCCCUACUACCAGAAGGCGGCCAGCGCUGCGCAGACGGCUUACUGGGAUCACUUUGUGCCCUUUUACACUCGUUCUCAGCCCUUCAUUGGCAAGACCUACGCCACUGGUCAGAACAUUUUGACUACACACGUUAUGCCUGGCGCCCGCUCUACCUGGUCAUCAGUGGUAUAUUUUGCCAACAGCUCGUUAUGGCCGCAGAUGACGGGUUUCUACUCAGAGCAGGUUGAGCCACAACUGGUGAGAAUUGGGCAGCGCCUUGCUAGCUAUCGGGAGGGAAAACAUCUCCGUGCAGUUGUAGAGGACAUGGACAACACCACAUUCGAAGAAUCCACUUCCACGACCGCCUCCAGUGCCAAGAUUGAGCCCCAGACUUCGGCUGUUACCGCCACCUCCACGGUAUUGGCUCCUUCUGCGAAGCCGACGCUCUCUUCCGAGGAAGAAGCGAAGCAAGCUCGUGAGCGAGUUGACUCGGAUCUCCAGAGAUGGCAGGACAAAUUCGCACUCGCUGCUGACAAAGGGGUGGAGGAUCUCGAGGAGCGCAUCGAAGAAAUCGUAACCGCCCUCAUCGCGAGCAGUGCCAAGAGCCAUGGUCAAAGUCUUUCCACUGCGCUCCAAGCUGUUGCUGAACAAAAGCUCUUUGUCGUCAAGCAGCAUAUCAAAGACCUCGCACAAUCUCUUCCAGAUGAAGACGCGCCCCAAGAAGAGAAAUCUGCCAGCGAGCAGCUUGUCAGUGAAAUUCGCGACUCGGCUAUUGCGGUCAGAGACCGUGCUCAUAUUCUUCGCGAGUGGUCCAUCUCGUUUGAUGAUGAACUCAUCCGCCGCGUUACCGCCGCUAUCAACUCGACACUUGAAGUUUUGGACAACAUCCGAGAUUUAGGCUUGCAGGAAAUUGGCAUGCGCUGGGCAUGGAUGGAUGGCGUUACUUACAAAGACUGGGCCAGAUACCACGCGCUCAAGGCCAAGCUCGAUGACUGGCGCAACGAAAUCCGCGAGGUCGGCAUGAAUCACAAAUCCGUCAUUGAGGCUAAGACAGUGGCAAGUGACAUCUUAGCUAGCGGUAUGGAGGUCGCAGAGGACACUGCCAAGGAGCUCAUCAGACUGAAGGAUGUUGGGCAGUGGAAACUUGCUGCUCGUGAAGUUAGCGAUAACUUUGAUACGCGAACUGAUGCCCCUCCGCCGCGACCUAAGCCUGUGGAGGAGCCCGAGGAGCCCGAAGAAAUCUUAGAUGUGGAACAUGAUGAGGCAGGUGAUGCUAUCUCGAAGUCCUCCGGAGAUGACGUCGCACACGAGGAAGAUACUAGCGAAACGAAUUCGAAGUCAGCUUCUUUGACUUUCGGUGCCAAUCUUGAGGAUGACGAUGAAGUUGAUGAUGAGUCUAUCCUCGAUGAUGAGCUUCAGGAAGCCCAUCAUACCUCAAGGCCCGCAUUCGGCGUUGCUGCUGCUGAAGCCAACUCGCACCAAGCACCCAUUCUUGAUAAUGACGAACAAGACGUGUUCGAAAAGGUCACGAGCAAGGCGGAAGAUAUUUACUCGGAUGCAAGCUCUGCUUUUGCCGACUCGACUGCCCAAGCUAAAAUCUUGUUCUCCUCCAUUGAAUCUGCUUACUCUGGGGCAGUGAAGUACGCAACCGAAGAGUUCGAGUCCCGAAUUGGCGCUGUUUGGGCCACGCCCACGCCCACCGGUCCUUUGGCUCAAAUCUCUUUUGUUGCGUCAUCCAGAUUGAGUGAAGGACUCAGCCUCGCUUCUGCGCAGUUGGCUCAGGUCAAACAAACUGCCCCUGCGACCAGCUCUGCAGCACUUCAGCCUUUCCUCCUUGAUGCCCAGCGACGCUAUUACGAGGCAGUCGGCCUAGCUCACGACCACUACACUGCCUUUGUUUCCACUGCGUCUGAAGCAGUCUAUGGUACCCCGACACCCACCCCGGCCCCUCGCGUCUUCCAAGACCUAAUUCAAGAGGCUGGAUCCCAAUAUGAGCUCGCCUCCUCUUUAGCAUCUGCCAAUCUUGCCGCUGUUGUUGCCUCCGCAAGCUCGAUGAUUUCCGCUGCAGACGAUGGCAUGUCUCAGAGCAUCAUUGAUGACGCUUCCUCGAGAUAUAGUGCUGCUAUAUCUGCCGCUUCGGCCUCUCUCUCUCUAGCAUCCGCAUCGGCUAGCUCUGCGAUUUAUGGAACAACCCCGGGUCCUCUGAGGUCUCUUUCCAGCCAGGCAUCUGAGAAUUGGGAAAGCCUUGUCGCUAAGGCUAGCGAGCAGAUUUAUGGUACCCCUGUUCCGUAUCUGCAGCAGGUCGCCGCUGGCUCACUCUCGCAAUUCGCUGCUGUUCAGGAUGUGGUCUCUGAGCUUCUGGUUGGCAAGCAGCCCUCGUUUACCGAGAGUGUUAUGAGCAAGCUGCGUGUCGCUUAUGAGACACCUUACCCGGCUGCAGCUCUGUCAUCUGCCUCUAGCUAUGUCAGCGAGGCUUACGAAACAGCUUCUUCGGCUGCCAACACAUAUGCUAGCAGCAUUCCAAGUGUGGAGGAUGUCAUGCAAAACGCGAACUAUCAACUCCACGCUGCGGUCGAGGCUGCUAGCAUCGGAAUCUAUGGCACACCCAAGGGUCCCUACGAGAAAGCUACGGACGCCGCGGCAAACGCUUACUCUACCGCUUCUGCACAGGUUAGCAGCGCCGUCUACGGGCAGGAGCCUGGCUAUAUCGACGCCGCCAAGGAUGCUAUCGCGGAUAUCCAAUUUAAGGCUAGCGCAGCUAUUUACGGCGAUGAGCCCGGUGCUGUCGAGAGCGCGACUGCUCGCCUUGCCGCUGCCGUGCAGAGCGCCCAGGCUCGACUGGCCGACCUAGCGUCCAGUGCAAGCAGUGUUGCAUCUGAGGCUGCUGAGACCGCCUCGUCCCAUGUUGGCCAUGCGGCUAGCAGCAUCAACUCCGCGGCCUCUUCAGUGAGGGAUGAGCUUUGA